GCUGCCUUCUGGGCCCGGCCGGACCUGGGCCGACGCGGAGCGGGACGCCGUGACGCCGCCAGGGGGCGCUGGGAGUGGGUACGGCCUGGCGGCUGCCUGCGGAGCUCAGGGCCGGUUUAGGGACGGACCGGAAGUGCCCAAACUCGGCGGCAGAGUGCCACCCUGAGCACCUGGGGCCGCCACCGCCCACAGACCAUGUUCCUGGUGCGCCUGACUUCUCAGCUGCUUAGGGCUGUUCCUCGGGCAGGUUGCGGUUGGCCCUGGCCCGUCUCAGGGGUGCUAGGCAGGUGUGCCUGUCGGCCCUGCUACAGCACACAGCCAACAGGCCCAAGCGGAGUUGCCUCCAUCCCUGGCAGGGGGCUCCAGCUGGAGCUUGAGGAGAUGCUGGUCCCCAGAAAGAUGUCCGUCAGUCCCCUGGAGAGCUGGCUGACCGCCCACUACCUCCUACCCAGACUAGCUGCUGGAGGCCCAGCGACCGUGGCUCCAGCCCGACUCUAUGAGUGUCCACCUAGCCAAGUGGGGGAACGGGCUGAGCGGGGGGAUGUGGGGGCCUGGGACGCACCCCGGAUGCAGUGCAAAAAUGUACUGAAGAUCCGCCGGCGGAAGAUGAAUCACCACAAGUACCGCAAACUGGUCAAAAGGACCCGGUUCCUGCGGCGGAAGGUCCGGGAAGGGCGCCUGAAACGGAAGCAGAUCAAGUUCGAGAGAGACCUGAGGCGCAUCUGGCUGAAGGCAGGCUUGAAGGAAGCCCCUGCAGGCUGGCAGACCCCCAAGAUCUACCUGAAGGGCAAAUGACUCUAGUGCUCCUCCCCCCACCCGUUACCGCUGACGACCCAUUGUAAUAAACGUUCAGAGAACGCA